CUCGACGACAGCGAGGUCCUGACGGGAUCCGCAGCCAGUCCUCGCCAGAGUAUUAAUCAAACAGCCUGGUGGUGUUCAACGUUCUCCACGUGGGACACGGACAACGCGUCAUCCGCAGUGAAAGAGGCUGUAAUCCAAUAAGACACCGGGGAUAAUCGCUGGAAAUUGGCUUGAGGAAUGAGCCAGUUAGAAAGUCUGUUAAGAGUCAACUUAAAUCUGCUUUGAUUUUAUGAACCCGAGGGCGAGGAGAAUUAGUUGGGAGGCUUUCAGUUUUGGGACGUGAGCAGUGAACGAAGAUUAAGAGGAUUCAGAGACUCGAAGGAUGUCGAUGAACGUCGAAGAGGAUUUUUGUAGAUUGAACAAGGUGGUUUUUUAUUGUUGACUGGGUAAUUGAAGUUGAUCGUGCGGUGCUGAGUUUCGUUGGCCACGUGAUUGAACCUUGCAUGGGGUGUGUUUUGGAGAUUGGACGUGGGAGUUCGGAUAAUGAUGCUGGAGGUUGGUGGGAGACGGUUUUCGCUGAUAGUGGAAUGGUAUGAAGUUAGAGGAUCGAUGAAAGGGAAUUGAAGAUUGAGAUUGAACGUUUCUCGAGGUUUCUGGAGGGAUCGAAGGUAUUGCCAGUCGAGAUGUCGUCGAAAACGCUGCACAACGAGCAUAUCAAGAGGCCGAUGAACGCGUUCAUGGUGUGGUCCCGCGGGCAGCGACGGAAAAUGGCACAGGAGAACCCGAAGAUGCAUAAUUCGGAGAUCUCGAAGAGGCUGGGGGCCGAGUGGAAGCUGCUCAGCGAGAGCGAGAAGCGGCCGUUCAUCGAUGAAGCUAAACGAUUAAGGGCCCUCCACAUGAAGGAGCAUCCAGACUACAAAUACCGUCCCCGCCGGAAGCCGAAGUCCCUGGUGAAGAAGGAAAACAAGUUCGGCUUCUCGAUAUCGCCGCUGAUGUCCUCAGGUGAGACUCUGAGCAACAUAUCGAGAGGCCUGCUGCCGCCGCUGGCACCUCCGUCGCACCACACGCUGAUGAGUCACGAGGACCUCAAGAUUCCCCGUUUCUUCCCGCCCUUUCCGUAUCCCCUAUACCCAAUCCAACACAAGCUAGGAGAAGAAUUCAACGGUGGCAAACUGGCUGCUGACCUAGCGUUCCAGGCGCUGUACGGCGGUAGCACGUUCUACUCGAGCCACCAAACGAUGUCCUGGCCCAGUCUAUCGACGACUACCUGUCUUCAGCCGAACUGCGGCUGUCCGAGUCCGCCAAAGGAUCCAAAGAGACCUUAUCUGCCCGGCAAGAUCGAGGAGAGACCGUUCCCCAGCCCUGGCAAGCAGGAGGACGACGGUUUCCCAUCAGACAGAGACUCCAGCAGAGAAGAGUCUAGAUACAGGAAAGUGGAAGAGGAUAGUUUCUCGCCGUCAGCGGACAGGCAUCAGGAAGACAGGUCCCAGGAUCGUUUCUCGUCGUCCUCUUCGUCCUCGCCUACCGAUCAAACGGAGAAAGUGGUCGGCCAUGUUGCCCCGAGUACCGCCAAAGUGGAGAACGCUUUCUCAGUUCAGAAUCUAACAUCCUCUAGCUCGAACUUAGGCGCUCAUCGCGGACACGUCAUAUGAAGGCCGCUUCCGGUUCUCCCGGACUUCAAUUUCCGGGGGAACCUGGUACCACCUGGAUGGCCGACUACCGACUGGUGGAGGGUACCGCCGAUGCUGUCGCCCAUCCCGCAGGCGACCGUCACAAACCUGACCGCGCCGAAGGAGGACGAGGCGCAGUUCCAGGACGACCAGCAGAGGAACUCUGUCAUGGCCAGGUCGAGGAGCAUCCAUAUCGCUAAUGUACAGUGAUCGGUGACUACGGAGAGUACUUAAGGAAGAGAAUUUGUUAGACUGCUCGAAGGAGAUUGACUUGGCACGGUAGCUAACAGCAGGUGCAAGAAUCGAGGAAGUGUUAGAAAGAUGAUGUUCCGAGAGGACGAGGUUCGGACACUUUGCCAGAACUUAGAGGAUCCGAAGGAGCCUCUCGCGUUUUGUGAUAAUUGAAACGCCCAAAUUCCCUGCCGUACAGCAUGAGAAAGUUUGCAUAGUUGGACAGUUGAAAUUCCCGAAGGUCUAGUUGCAGAAUCCAGAGUUGGCUAGCAGCAACUGGAAGGUCCAAUGUACGAAAUACGGAAAGACAGAUUCUAAGAGUAGCAAUCGAGAACCGUGAAGACGAGGCGUAGGACUUCGAAAAGAAAAACCUGUUGCGUUAUGAGAUCAUUUCACCGGUCAGCAUCAUCUUUUCUACAGUCGUCCACGGUGAACUCUGAGCCUAGAAUUCUCGAUGACGAUUAGGCACGGGAGCCACGCGAAUUUUCAAGAGAAAUCACCGUUACCGAUGGAAACAGGAGCUCGCAAAGAAUUCGUUAUGCGAGGCCGACGAUGGGACACCAAAGUCGAAUCGAUAACUCGCCACGGCCGAAAUCCCACAAAGAGAGGCGAAAGGGUCUUUUCUGCUAAAGCGUGUACAGAGAGACGGCGCAGGAUGCCAGAAGAGUCCAAUUUUGAUGAGAUAACCAACCCUCUCGGUGGCACAUAUUACGCCCGCGCGCAUGCAGAGAAAUACACACGCGCACACACAUCCGAACACGCACGAACACAUACACGGGGAUAGAAAGAGCGGGCUCGUAACGGGAGGAGGGAAAAAAAACCUCUUCGGGAGAGAGCGGAGGCAAAUCUCUUCUUUGGUAGCCGGCCAUGCGAAAUAAGCCAAACAUUCUGAAUGCUAACGUAGAUGCGACAGCGGACCUGUGUACGCGUUUCAACCCCCGCCCCCCUCGAAAACCCACCCCGCGAGAUGAUUUCAUUGCGCGGCGGCGGCCGGCCGUUGCGCAUCGAUACUGCAACUCUCCAAUAUUUCCUCUUUCUUCGAAUGAAGCUGCGCCAUUCGUCCCUACCUUUCUCUUCUCCGCGGACGCUUCUCUGCGCUCGUAAUUGCUCGCACUUUGAAGGGUCAUUUUGGUAAAAUGUUCGAAGACGUGAAUGGUAUUUGUGAUAUCUCGAUGUGUUAUCUUUUUAUGCGUUGAUUGUUUCCUUUAUUUUUAGAUUGAAACGGAUGUUGGUUUGGAGUUUGAAAAUGUUGGUUGAUUGUUACGAGUUUCUUUGAGUGGAAGAGGAUUGCUGAAGUUAUGGGUGGUUUUUAUGGAUCACAUCGGAAUCGGUAGGAGAGGUUACGAUAGUACAAGUGGAGAAAUGCAAAAUUAGUAAUUUUAUUACGUGUUCUACUUAUUUGAAGUAUCACUGUUCGCUUGUGCAGAUGAUUGUUGAUCUUUAUAAAGAUUGCUUCAUGCCUCUUCUACGUUAAUUGAAAUUAAUAGAGAACAUACAAUUUUUAUUAACGACUCCAUCCAGUCGCAAAGUGACCAAUUUGCUCAGAAUUCGAUUCGAAAACCUGCUCCUGCCACAAACCUCUUAACAUUCAAUCGAAUUUCCAUGAAUCUUCACAAAAACCACCCAUAAAGCGGUCUUCGCUCUCUGUUAAAACAACCGAAACAAGGAAAAAGGCAAGUCAUGCUUCCUUUUUACUCCCCAGAUGAGCGUACAGCAUAAUUAAUUCAAGGGUCCGCAAUUAAUACGACAGUCUAUAAUCACGAACGCGAGCGCGCGCGAGCGUCGAAUAAUCGGCCGAUACGAAUAAACUGUUCAAUCUCGCGCAAAUUGUUUGCAUUCUACCAGCGAAUUGUUGAAUUCGUUAUGAACCGGCCCGUCGCAUUGUCGCAGUUUUAUCGGGCUGUCGAUUUUUCCGGCGAUCGACGCUCGCGACGCGACCGUUUGUCCGCGCUUUUCCAAAAAUGUUGCGCGCCCACGGGGCCGUUCGCGCUUGGCCCGUAUUUUCACCGAAAUUUUCGACACCCGCGACACAAAGACCAACCCGUGCUGUCAGCAGACCAGAAUGGAGACUAAUUUCCCGCGGACACUUUCGCCAUAGCGUGAGAAAGAGAGAGAAACAGAGAGAGACAGAGAAAGAAGGGGAGGAAAUAACAAAAAAAAAAAUGUAUACUAAAUCGUAACGAUCGUAGGAAAUCGGCGUGUCCCGUGGCAUGCGCACGGGAACGCGCGGAUUUCAAUGUAAUUGUAAAGCGUAUCUAAAGGAUAGGACACGUAUCUUUCCAGUUUAUUCACGUAAGUUCCUCGGCCAUCGUUCGUUGCCGUGAACGAAGAACGAAGACAGUAGAGAUCGUAUAAUCCGUCGAGUUUCACAUUUUAACCGGGGAACGCGACUUCGCGUUCCGAUCAUCCCCACCACUGAGA